UAUGUGAUGCGGGGGUCUGCAAUUCGCCCCGGUCGUAAUCUAGGCAGAUACCGAUUGGCAAGUUGAUAGACACGAGGGUCUUGAUGUCGUUUGGCAGAUAAUUCAGGGAUAUCUACUAGGCAGAUUAUCAGAUAUCUGCGCCUGUACACAGCGCUAUAUUUCAUGAUAGAGCAGCAAAGAUAACGUCGUUCCUGGUAUAAAGAGAAGACAGCACCUGCGAGGGGUGCUCAUUCACGCCACGCCUGUCGCAACAAUCACGCUGAUCCGUGACCGAUCCGCAGCCCUAUCUAGAAAUAUCUGUUGACAUUCCCGACAUGUCGGACAUCAAGAAAGAUGAGCCUGUUUCGCUGGCUGUCGUUUGUACAAACAACUACACGAAGGUCGUUCUGUCCGAAGAACAACUAGAGCUCGAGCGGGCACUGCAAAACUAUGUGCCAGACACGGAGGCGGAAAAGCGACUGGUUCGCAAGUUGGAUUGGUACAUGAUGCCAGCCCUCUGGUUCAUGUACAUUCUGGCCUACAUCGACCGACAAAAUAUUGGCAAUGCCAAAGUUGCAGGCAUGAAUCAUGACCUCGGUAUCAACGAUUCACAGUAUGCUAUGUUGGUUUCCAUCUUCUUUAUCGGAUAUUUGGUUUGUGAGGUUCCUUCAAACUUGAUCCUCACGCGAUCACGCCCUUCCUGGUAUCUCCCGAUCAUCAUGGUGCUCUGGGGCACGCUCUGUGCUCUCAUGUCGGUAGUGAAGAACUAUCAAGGUGGCCUGGCCAUUCGUUUUUUUCUCGGCUGCAUCGAAGCUGGGAUGUUUCCCGGCGUCUUGUACGUGAUGACAUGUUGGUAUAAGAAGCGUGAAGUCGGAAAGAGAUUCUCGAUCUUCUUCACAGCUUCUGUCUGCUCCGGCGCCGUGAGCGGGCUCUUAGCCGGCGCAAUCACGGGACACAUGGAAGGUGUAGCUGGGAUCCGUGGAUGGAGGUGGCUUUACCUCAUCGAAGGCUGUUGUACCAUAUUUUUCGCCUUCUUCAUGAAGUUCAUCCUGCUCGACUUCCCCGAGACGACGAAGAGAUUUAGUUUGGAAGAGCGCCAGUUGGCUGUCGUCCGCAUGAUCCACGAUCGCAAUACAAGCGCGGCCCGACACGGCAUGAAGCUCACACACUGGCAGGCCGUGAAGGCAGCCCUGGCUGACCCACGGACUUACUUCUUCGUCGUCCUGUUCGUUAUGGAUCUCGGCUCCUGCACGAUUUCCUAUUUUAUCCCUACCAUCGUCACCGCCAUGGGAUACGCUUCAGUCACCGCACAGUACAUGACGAUUCCCAUCUGGAUGGUCGGCGCCGUAUUCCUCGUCGUCAUUUCGUGGACGGCCGAUAAGACGAGAGAUCGACGGUGGCACAUCGCAGGGUGUCUUGGCCUCAGCUUCAUCUGUACGAUCGUCUGCGUCACCGUAUCGAAUGCGAUUGUCCAGUACGUCAUGCUGUGCUUCUAUAUAGCUGGUCUUUACACGGCUUUGCCACUGAUCCUCAACUGGGCUUCGGAGGUGAUAGCUCUGCCGGCGGAGAAGCGCGCCGUCGUCGUGGCCCUGACGAACUCUGUAGGCAACCUGUCCGCCGUAUAUGGCAGCCGGCUCUGGCCCACCAGCGACGGGCCUCAAUUUGUCAAGGGGUUUGCCACCACAGGUGCUUUCACCGGUUUCGGCACGCUUCUGGCGAUCUGCAUUCCUAUAAUAUUCAAUUACUUACCGAAGGAGGGACGGACGAGGGCGGAGCUGGAAAUAUUGGCGCGCGAUCAAGCAGUCCUCGAAGGCAGGGAACCACAGGCUGGCGAAAUUUGAAGGACAACGGAAACGAUGUAGGCUCCAGGGGGUGGCAUGAGAAACGGGUGUUAUGAUGGUGUUCAAUUCAACGAUCAUGAAUGGCGCAUUUAUUCAGUACAUGGAUU